AACACAUCGUCUGUGGGUCGAACUGUGCUGUACCUGUAAUAAUGGGGACUUAAUUCCAGAGCUCGGUUAAAAGGACUAUUUUUUUGCGCGAACAUUUUAUUGACGUUUUUUUUUUUUUUUUAAAUAUUUAAAAUUCAAUUUUGCAGUCAGCCGAGAAGAGUUUGUUGACGUUGACCGUACUUCCGCUGUGGGAGCAGCCUGGAGAUUGCUGUUUUGAUUUGCUUUUUAGCCUCGAAACUGUAGGGCCAGCCUUUUUUUUUUUUUUUUUUAAUUCAGUAGGAAAGCAAAUAUGUUUCGGGUUUCUGUGAAUUACAUUUUGCUGUGCGGUCAGGUUUUGUUGUUCGCGGCUGUCCUGUUGCUGCAGUGUUUAGGUGGAAUUUAUUCCCAAAAUACAACGACAGCGGCUGCUUUCAGAGAUGGCACCCGCGGAACUUCAUCAGGACCGGGUGACCCGGAGAAUGACACCGCGGCUUCCCCAAAUACCACGCCGAGCGACGGGUCAGACACGUGGGAGUACAGUGACCCAUAUUCACCCUUGGUUCUGUGCAGCUACCUGCCAGAUGAGUUUAUAGAGUGUGACGAGCCAGUGGAUCAUGCUGGAAAUGCAACUGCUAGGAAUGAACUUGGCCAUGGCUGUGUAAAGUUUGGAGGGCAAGCAUACAGAGAUGUUGAGCAUUCAGAGGUAGUGUGCAGAGCACUGUAUGGGAUUGAGUGUGCUGGAGAGAGAGAGUUUCGACGAGGAAACAAGCCAUGCAUCAAGUACACGGGACAUUACUUCAUAACCACCCUGCUGUACUCCUUUUUCCUGGGCUGUUUUGGAGUGGACCGGUUCUGCCUGGGUCACACUGGCACCGCUGUGGGGAAGCUGCUGACGCUCGGAGGCUUGGGCAUCUGGUGGUUUGUGGAUCUCAUCUUGCUGAUCACCGGAGGACUCAUGCCCAGCGACGGCAGCAAUUGCUGCACAUUUUACUAAAAACUAAACUAGAAUGAGGACGGAGUUGUGAACUGGAUCAGCUGGUGGAGGCUUCUAUUUAUCAGGAACUUUACAAGCCCUAACUGUGUACAAAACAACAUGCAUACACUGGAGAGAAUGGAUCAGCAGCCCCGAACAGACAGAGGAGAAACGAUGAACAAUUGAAAAUGAUCUGAACGUUCAUUAUGAAAAAGCUGAAUAUGUUAUCUGUAAAUGAAACUGGGGGCCAACAGCUCUACUGUGAGAACUGGGGCGAGUCACUCUACCUGCUUGUGGCUCCACACCCAACCUAGCUGUAACACUGGGUUCAAGGAGAAACACGAUAAAUGGUUUGUCGCAACAAAAGCUGCCAUCCCAGUUUAUUAGGACGUAUAUCUAAAAUUGUCACACACGUUGCAGACUUGACAGGCCUCUCUAACCUUUCACUAGCUGUUGUCUCUCUUGACGACCUGCAUUCCCAUUCGUUUUACCAUUGCUGACUCUCUGAUACAGUCUGAUUAUUUAUUUAUUUUUGUUAAGUUUUAAAAUGUUUAUUUUACAUUUCAGAGGAACAAAAGGCAUAUCUUGACAUAGGUCUACAAGUCUUGAAUCCCCCCCUCCCCCCCCAACUCCUAUUAAGCACCUUCCAUUACCAUAUAGUACCAGUUUCAUUUAUGGAGCGUCCUUCAUACAUAAGCAUUACAGGAUGCUUCAAAGGGUCAACUCAAAAAGCUGUAGCUGCUGCCUAAGAAAAGGGUACAUUUAAAAGAAAACUAUUUCAGCCAUGCCGACAAACUGCAGGGAAAAACAUGAUCUAAAGUGAGGCUGCUGAAGGCCCUGGAAACGCAACUUUUCAGUCAGGUUCCUGGGGUUACAUUGGCUGCUCUUACAGUACAAGGAUGUAAGGAAUUGGGAGCUCAAUGAAAUAGGCAACUUCGUAAGUAAAGAUCAUGCUUUUAAAUUCAGUUCACUGGAAGCCAAUGGGUUAUGAACAGCAUAUUUGAACAGGGCUCUUCUGUAUGAGAAUCACGGGUGGGAUACUGUUCAACACGGCUCGUCUGUUCUCGGCUUUCAAGCGGCAGGUACUAGGGUAGGUCCUCCCGUCGCUGCCGCAUACCUGCCCGGUGGAGGAGCACACACACGAGCCCCGGUGAUGGUGCCUGCCUGGCGGGAAGAUUGCAUCCCUUCACCGCAGACCCCCCCAAACCGCGGACGCAGAUGUCACCUUCCCCGGAGCUGCAGACAAUGCAACACCCACAGUCAUCCUUCACUUCCCCGUAAUAGCAAGGGCUGGGGACGGGCACACAGAGACGGAUCACAGCUCUCCGGGCAGGGCGCCUGUCUUUUCUUUAACAGUCGUGAGUCCACCACAGUCGCAAAAAAAAUGCAUGAAGCUAACCAUCUUAGAACCAUGUUGAAUUUAAAUGCUGAAAAACAAAGUUCUAUAAAAAUAAUAAUACGAACGAUGAGUGUAAGUUUUAAUCAGACUGUGUCGUUGCAUGAACAAUUUGUAUUUAAGUCACUAUUUCAAAAAAAAAAAAACAGCAUGCCCUCAUAGUUAAAUGUCCAAACUUCACCUAUAAAAACUGAUUUUAAGACGUGAUCAGUUCAUCGCAAAAAGUCUAAAAACGCUUUUUAAACAGUUUUACUGAAGAAAAAAAUUAAUUGGUAAGUGAAGUUGCCCAGGUAGCCCUUAUUCUUUAAAAUAAAAGAUUAUUGCUGGAACAAAAAAAAUAAAAUAGAAACUGCACAUAAAUUCGGAGGCAAGCAUAAAUGUUGUAUUUAUGUACACAGAUAGUUAAAAUCUCAUUCUGGGGAGUUUGACAGCUGAUGGGGUAAGUUUGAGCCGCUCUUACAACGCUCACCCUAACGACCCCUUGAGCAGUUACCAGGAAUGUCGAUAAUCUCGCCUGUUUUCCAAAUUCAAUUGCGUGUCUAAAUGGGAGAAGGAGAGGGUGGGAUUAGGUUAUAUUGUGUGUGUGUGAGUGUGAGAAAGAGAUGGAGAGAGAGGCAAAAUAGUGGUAUUCCUAUAUGAUAAAGUUUAUCAUUGGCCACAAAACUGUCCAACUUGUUUUUAAAAGAGAUAUACUGAUUAUCAAAAGGCGAUAAAUGCUUUUAGUUUAGUAAGCUGAGUGAAUAGUAAGUUACCUUUAUAGGAGAUUUGGCUUUGUCCAGACUGCUAAACCCUGCUAUUAUAAAUUCCAGCUGCUGAAGGGGACUAAGGAAUUGGCACACGUGUUUGCAGGUAUCUCGCCCAGCUGGCAUGUAAAGUCCCAGUCAAGGGGCUUUUUAUUUACCUAUUUUGUAGUUAGUUUACCCAGCUCCUCAGACCACCACCAAGUCUGAACUUGGUCCCUGAUCACAAAACUUAUGGACUCUUUUAAGAAAACAUUAAAACAUUACUCCGCAAAUAUAAAAUAAAUCCUUGUUAUCCCAGCUGAAGAAUCGUCUUCCGUGAGGGUAGACACUAAAUAAUAUAUCAGAAAGAGAAAGACUUCCACAAGAUUCUCCUAAAAUAUUACAAUAUGAAAUAUAAUAAAAAUAUAGGCUCAUAGGUUAUAAAAAAAUAUAGGUUCAUAGGGUAUAUAUUGAUUUGAAGCUAUUGGUUUUAGACUGAUUCAAUUUGAAGGACCAACAAUAAGGAAGACCCUGUGGGUUGGGCACUGGGCUCUCCAGCUCCAGAUUCCAGAUUAACCACUGUCUUACACACAGCUCUUAUUCAUUUAUUAACCAUGGGUUAAAGUACAACAACAAGGAACCUAAUAACACAUGUGCCACAGUUGCAUUUUUUAAUAAAUUUUUUUGGCAGGCUACCUACAAAUUUGAAUAAAUCGUCUAGUUGUAAAUCUGUUUUGCAACAUUUGAUUAUCAGUGUAGAACAUUAACUAAACUGACUUCCAUUGAAUUAAAAUCAUGUGACAAAAUGGCCUUUCAACUUGUAAAGUGUCUUGAGGGAUGUUAGGGGUUUCAAAGUAGCUUAAGGCACUACUGUUUCUUGUGCUCAAAGUGAAAUCCCUCCCCUUACCUGACAGCUUAUACUGUAUAUCUUUGCUGACAGCAUAGUGGGUCUCUGCUCUGCAUUUGAGUGAUUCCUUACUUCUGAUACAUAUUUUUAUAACCUUUAGCAUAGGUGGAUGCCAUUCUUUUACGAAUACUGUGUUUUUACUACUGCAUAUGUAAAAAAAAAAAAAAAAAAAAAGUAUGAAACAUGCAAUGUUUUGAAACGUCUGACGAAAUUUCAGCCAGUGCCUUCUUCAGUGUACUGAAGGCAUGCGUCUAAAGUUUGUUAUCUUCAUUUAGUUCCUUAUAGUUUUACCUGAGAAUUCUGAUUGAGCAUUUUGAAGUUCUAAAUGUUUCCCUAUUAUUACCUCCACUAUAGACUAUAGUGGCAUUGAAUUAGGUUGUCCAGUUAGGUUGUGAUCAGAACUAACAGGCUCACUUUUCAUAAGAGAUACGUUACAUAAUUUUUAAAACUAGAAAGAAACUAAGAAUAUGUAACGGCUCAUUUCGAUUAGUUUCAUUCUGUUUUUUCAUGCUUCUAUUUCAUCAGCAACAGACAGCUAUAAAGGUUUGACAUAACGAUCAUACAAUUAUGAAAUUUAAGUUUCACUAUAAUAGCAUGGUAUAGAUUAUAGGUCAGUUUGAAUUACCAGGGUUUGAGGUUCAGUCUGCUGUAUUUAUUUCUUCCCUGUUUGAUAACAUGUUAUGUGUUCUUACCUGUAUGAUUUUAUUGUCUUUGCUUAGAUCGCCGUUUGCCAUGUUUACUAACACUGUAACAGCAAAUUAAACUUUGAAGUAUUUUAAGAUCUGAAAAUCAUUCACACGCCCUCGAUCUCCUUUGGGAGACAAUCCCAGUGGGGGAGAGGGCAGCAUAUUUAAACGCACAGUGCCCGGGAGUCAGUGUUCAUGCAGAGGUGGACUUAAAACACUGCCAUCCACCAUACUGUGGAGCAGGGCAGGGAUCAAUUUUAUUGUAACAUAUCUCUUGGACUUUGGAAACUGGGGAUCCUAUAGUGAGUGCUCAGUUCCGUUCCAGAAUUAAGCAGAUACAAUGCCGAGGACUUGUCAGGAUGGCUGGCAAACACUGAAUGUGUUAAACCAGUACAAUGGCUGGCGAAAGUGUUUGAACCUUGAUGAAUGUCUGGUUUCUGCUCGUUCUACCUGCAGGAAGCCUAAGAUUGUUUUUCUUCUUUCUCCUUCUCAGUCUCCCCUGCGUAUUUUUACAAAGAACUGUCUCCAGCGAAUCCAGGAAAUCUACUCAGAUCACAUACAGCAGUAUCUGUUCCUAGGAACAUUGCCAGCAGAUUGGAAUUGCUCAUGUCAGGGCAUGAAAACAGUGUUGGAGGGAACCUCAGGGGGAUAGCGUUUUGAAGUUUUCUUUUUCCUCCCUUGGGUGUAAUACUGAUAUUUAAAAUAAUAAUAAUAAUAAUAAUAAUAAUAAUAAUAAUUCCCCUACCUUUACUAUUUGGUUUACGUGUUCUGGUAUGUUUUCGUAACAGCCUUACUCCUCAAGAUAUAUGUCAUUUUUUUCCAAGUCUUUCCCGAUUCUUAACUGUCCCAAAAAUCUGUUCUCCAGACCUUUAUUUGCAGUAGUAUAUUUAACCAGCUCACAUAAUCAUUAUGCAGUUGAAAUUUUAAAUGAUAAAACAUGCUGCCGUAUUUUCUAACUGCUGUGCUGCAGGUACCCGUGUCAGUUAGCGCUCAUGUUAAAUGCAAAAUGACACUGCAGUGCAGUAGUAACCCUGAAAGCUUUGUUAAAGUCUGCAGCUAGACUUUGUCCCUAAUUGACUGUGAUCAAAACCCCUAGUUUCGUCAUUGGGUUAUCUUCUCAAGAUUUCAGAACUAACUUUUUACCACAUUGGGGCAAAGCCCCUUUCACAAGAAAUAAGGAAUUAACAAACUUCUUGCUGAAUCCAAUUGCUAAAUGAAAACGUCAGUGCCUUUAUUGAUAAAUUGGCUUUGCCUGUGUUAAAAGUGAAAAUAAGGUUAGGAAAACUAAUAAGAAAAGUUUAAAUUCUUGGCAAUGGGAAUGUGUGACCCCUUUGUACAACAAAUUCUUCAAAUGGAAAUGAUCAAGCAACCUAAAAUAAUGUGCAGGUAUUAUAAAAAUCAGUGUCGCUGGAGCCCUCUAGUGGUAAACAAACAUAUGCCAGCUAAACCAUACUACAAUAAGUAACCAGGCUAAUGAAGAGUACUGUAUAAAUUGGUUCAAAUGCUAAAAAUAUAUGGGAUUUGGGUUCCCUGUAUAACUAAGUGAGUCAGUCACUUUCUCUGCUGUGUAAUGCAGAAUAACACAGUGAAAGCAAAGCUAAACAUUAAGCACACUUUAAUGUGUCUUUUUCACAUUUUUUCAGUUACUAUAUAUUACAUUUUUUUCUUUUUUCUUUUUUUUUUUUAGCAAAAGAGCAGUAGGAUUUCUUCUAAUCGAUGCACUACAAAACACUUAAAAAGCAAAAGGUUCUUAACCUACGUAUUAAUCAACAGGUUUCAGUAAUGUGUACACGAUUUGUCAACAGUCUUUGGCACAAUUACAUUUUAAAACCCAUUUUACGGUAUUACAAACAAAGAAUACACUUUAUCAAGUUAUUUUAAUUUUUUUAAAAAAGGCACAUUUGGAAUUGUAGGGUUCAAGGUGAUUUCCUGUGAUGUGUCAAUUCAGCUGUUUUGAACAGAAUUUUCUUUCCUGUACUGUAAUAGCGGUCUGGGUUUUUUUUUUCAUUUAUGUCAAAAAGGUAAGAAAUUGAAGACAAUUUGAACAGAACUGAUAGGUAACAUCUUUCAAAAUUCUAUAUGUAAUUCUGUAUCCAUCUGGUUUAUCGUGCCUGUACUAACUUUCCUUCAUCAAGCUCUUCUCUAAGUGUAAAGAUGCCCCCAGUCUUGCAUCUCCACAAAAAUAUCUAUUGCCAAUUGUCUCACUAAGAAGCAAGAGGACAAACACUAUUUCAUUACAGCAUUUAGUGUAGCCUGUAUACUUGCAUUCUCUUCAAUACAAUAUCCUCUUUGUUUUAAACCUUAGUUUUAUGUUAAACAGACCUGAGUAAGAAAUGUAUGAAUAUCACAGGGGUCAAACUUCCACAUAUAAUAUUGUACACUGUUGUCAAUAUAUAAAAGGCUGUAAUUGCAACAUCAGUUAUCAGUGUAAAAUAGUAUAUCAACAAAGAUAAUUGCAGGCAAAGAAUGUUUGACCCCUUAUGUUAUCAAUGCACUUCAUACCUGUAAAGUUAUGUUUAAUAUGUUGCCUACAUAUUUUAUAAAAAUUGUAAUUCCAAUUUUCCCACCUUACAGGCACCCAUCUUCCAAGAAAUGGUAUAUUCAAUGAAAUACAAGAAUAUUAGGCUGUCCUGUGUAAGACUGACAUGGAGGCUGUGACAGUGGUACUCUAAUGCAUGUGUGUUGAGGUCUAUUCGCUGUAUAGUCGAGCCAUUAUGUGCUGUAACUGCAAGGUCUACUCAGAGGAUCUAGAACGUGGCCGACCAAACAUGUAAUUUGACUUCCUUUUAAAGCUUUUAAAUGAAUUGACUAGACACCUGUGCAUUUUCUGAGUGUAAAAGACAGUGAACUGUGACUGUGGCUGACCGCUCGUGCUACUGGUUUCUAAGCACUGCUUGUUAAAUUGUAUUUAAUUAAUGCUGAGUGGGACUGUAGUCAAGGAAACCGAUGCAACUCUAACAUGACUGAAUAACUCUACCUGGGAGUGAUGCUAAACAACAUUCUUAAAUGAAAACCACGUCAUUAAUAGAGCCCUUAUGUGGCAUAGAGCUUUUUGUAUGGUAUUUGUUAAUUCCAGAUUUGUAGAAUUAAAGGUUACGAUUCAACUUCCUCUGCUGUAGGUCUGAUUUCAGCUAGACAACAGUGUCAGUGCCUUUGAAUCUUCCAGAAACACAGAAAUCAAUGAGUAUCUUAAAGUAGCACAGAUAAGGGUCAACAUUUUCCUACACUUUAGUUAGAACAGUUUCCUAGUUCAAUGGGGUUUUUUCACUGGUGCUGCUGUAAAGACUGACAGACACAGAGAGGUGCGCGGAGUGUUCAGUGUGCACAAGCAAAUUCAAAACCAAAAAGGGUCAACUCUGCCAUAGGCUUCCUUCGAUACGCUGGUUCCCCAGUAUAACUAACUAUAAAGACGCCUGGGUGCUUAUGUUUAAAGAGGCUGUAGCCAGCAAAAUAAUUCAGUAAAUCUUACCUGUUGUGCAUUUCGACUCUAUUUAGGUUUCAAAUGUGCAGUUUUGAAAGUAACAGAGGUUAUAGCAGACAUGGAUUUUCAUUUUGUUACCAGCUCCAAAGCAUGAAAGUCAGCAGAGGAGGCAGCUGGUUUGUAAAUAGGGAAGAUUUUUAGUUGAAAUGACCAACUCUAGUUUAAAGCAGGGCUCGGACCCACAUUGCUUUACCCUAGUGUACUACCAGAUAUGUUUUAAAUAAAAAG